AUGCAGCGUGCCUCUCCUGCUCUCCUUCCUCUCCUCUUCCUCCUCUCUUCUCUCCCACGGCCUCCCGUACCUCCGCUUCCCCCUGCUUCCUCUGCUGCUUCCCUGCUGCUUCUGCUUCCGCUUCGGCACCCCUGCGUCGGCUGUUGCUUCUGCUUCAGUCUGUAUUUCCCCCGUCUGUGCCUGCUCUCCUCCACUGGGAUGCCCCUCGUCGGUCUGAUCGGUGUGAGCCAGGGUGCGCCAGACAUCCCGCUCAUUACGGGUGGCUCCAGGAUCUCCAACCUCCUGGGCUCUGCGGCCCCCUCUCGGCCAAAGACCCAGACGCCUGCGCCAGCCAUUCCUUCUGGGCUUCCUCGUCUUGCUGCGUCUUAUUCUUCCUCGCGCACUGCCACUCCUUCGUCGCCUCGUGCGGCACUACCACCUCCACCUCCGACAUUCAAGUCGCGCUUGCCCCUUCCUUGCAAGCCGUCGACUGUGAACGCCGGCGCCACUCUUUCACCUGCACCCUCACCGGUGCUCGCCGCCGCCUCGUCGUCUCGGUUCGACGAGAGACGCGCUGCUCGGGACAGCCGGUCUCGACCCUGGCUCGCUGGGUCCAAAUUGGCCGCCAAGUCUUCCUCCCUUGAGCGCGCGACUCUUCGCCCGACCACCACUGUGCGAGAGCCCCAGACGACUGACCCCCGUCUGGAUGAUCGCCGACGAGCUCGUCAAGACCGCGACCGUCCUUGGCUUCCUAAAGGACGCGUCUCCCCAGCUCCUCGCCCGAUCUCGCCCUCCACCAACAUCUCGGCCCUGUCUUCCUCCGCCGCCACCGUUCCUGCCGCCGCUCCUGCUACUCUGGCGCGUCACUCACGCUGUGGACUCCUCAAGACCCCCACGCCCAAAGAUCAUUUUGAUCUUCCGCGUCCUCCGACCUGCAGACGAGUGUUCUUCGCUUGGGACGAGACUGUCAUUGAUGUCGAAAAGUGGAUCGACCCCAUGGUGGACAGCUACGGCCUCGAGCCGUACUGA